AUGGCACAAUCAUUCGCUGUGGUUGCUCUCCUUGUCUUCGCUUUUUGCUUCUCAUCUGUCUUGGCUGCUCGUAAGGCACCGACUGAUUAUCCUGAAGUUUUCACCGUUAUUGGCACAAUUUAUUGCGAUCCUUGCCACUUUGAAUUUGAAUCAAGGCUUAGCAAGCCCAUUGAAGGUGUUAAGGUGACUUUGAUAUGCAAAAAGGAAGAGGGUAACAAUGUGACAUAUGUGAAGGAGGCCACGACGGAUGACAAUGGUGUCUACAAAAUGAAUGUUGAUGGCGAUCACGAGGAAGAAAUUUGCGAAGUGAAUGCCGAUUCAAAUGGAAAGGGUGAAUGUACUUUGCCUAUGGCAAACAAAGGCGACAGGAUUGGUCUCAACAAGAACAUGGGUGUGUCUUCCUUGGUUCGUUUCGUUAAUCCCCUUGGGUUCAUGACUAAGACAAUUGAUAGUCAAUGUGGAUCGGUUGUCUCUGAAUUGGGUUUGGACAAACUCGAUGAUUAG